AUGCUUGCACUUCGGGGUUUGCUGGCUGGGCGAAACGGCCCUGGCUUGGGCUUACUGCCUGCGCUCCCGAGGAUAGAUGCUUUAAGAUUCGACGAGCGUGGGCCGAAGCUGGCAAAAAAAAGGUCACUGAUCCGAACAUGGAAAAUUCGACCGGGUGACGUCGUUUUUGUCAAUUCCGGAAAAGAGAAGAAAUCCACCGGAGAAGUCUUGAUGGUCGACCACCGCCGGAACAUGGUUAAGGUCAAGGGCCUCAAUCUUCGCAAGGUGCUCGACGACGAGGGGAGUCCCAAGUUCAUCGAGAAAAAGAUUCACUACUCCAAUUGCGCUUUGAUCGAUCCUGCAGCGGGCAGGCCUACAAGAGUCGGGUUGACCUUCACAGAAGAUGGUGAUGCCAUCCGAAUCUCCCAUUUGACUGGCCACAUCAUCCCUUGGCCGGAUUUGCCAAAGCACAUGCAAAAGCGGGACGAGGACCAAGUGGAGGGUCCCAAAGACACUCCUCCAGAAGUGGCCCUUCGAAAGACCUAUGACUACCAUGCCGACAAGGAAGCUCUGCGUUUGGCACGUUUGGCCAUGACGAAGUACAACUACAACAGAUGA